CGCUUACAAUCGAAAUUUGUGCUGCAACACGUGCGCCGCGCUUAGAUUCGUUUUGUUUUCUACAAAUAAUGGCGAAAAAAUCGGCAAUUAAGCGUAAAGUGAAGGCGCCUGAGUCCAUAAAUGAGCAAGCCUCAGUUUCCGAGCAGUCUGAGAACGAAGAGGAUGAGGAUCUGCUGCAAGCCGUCAAAGAUCCUGGCGAGGAUACAACGGACGAUGAGGGCAUAGAUCAGGAAUAUCAGUCGGAUACCAGUGAUGAUCUGCUGUUUGAGAGCGACGAAGAAGGCAACUAUUUGGGCAGAAAAGAGGCAAGUUCUGGAGAAGAUGAACAGGGGGAGGAGGAUGAUAAUGAUGAUGAGGAGGAGGAGGAUGAGGAUGAGGAGGAGUCUGGCAGCAGCGAUGAUGAUGCUAAAGAUGACCAGCCAAGCGGCAGUAAGGCUACGCUCAGCAAGACGACGGGCGAUAGCUCAAAUAUUGCAGUAGCGAUCCCGCCAAGACGGGAUCCCUCCAAGCCCGAGUAUGAGAAUUCGGACACUUCCGAUGAGGAGGAUAUACGCAACACAGUCGGCAACAUACCCAUGCACUGGUAUGAUGAGUACAAACACAUAGGCUAUGACUGGGAUGCCAAGAAGAUUAUAAAACCGCCAAAGGGCGAUCAAAUUGAUGACUUUUUGCGCAAGAUCGAGGAUCCUGAUUUCUGGCGCACCGUCAAGGACCCACAGACUGGACAAGAAGUGCUGCUAACCGAUGAGGACAUAGCACUGAUCAAACGCGUAAAUUCCGCCCGAAUACCCAAUCCGGAGCACAAUGAAUACGAGCCAUGGAUCGAAUGGUUCAGCUCCCAAGUGGAGAAGAUGCCCAUCAAGAAUGUGCCCGAUCACAAGCGUUCCUUCCUGCCGUCCGUUUCCGAAAAGAAGAAGGUCUCCCGCAUGGUGCACGCCCUCAAAAUGGGCUGGAUGAAGACCACCGAAGAGGUGGAGCGCGACAAGCAACAGAAACGCGGACCCAAAUUCUAUAUGCUCUGGGAAACGGAUACGGGCCGUGAGCAUAUACGUCGCAUCCACGAUCCCGUCUCGGCGCCCAAACGUGAUCUGCCCGGCCAUGCGGAAUCCUACAACCCACCGCCGGAGUAUCUGUUCGAUGCGAAGGAGAUGAAGGAGUGGCUCAAAUACAAGGAUGAGCCGCACAAGCGCAAACUACACUUUAUGCCACAGAAAUUCAAAUCGUUGCGCGAGGUGCCCGCCUAUUCCCGCUUCCUGCGCGAACGCUUCUUGCGCUGCCUCGAUCUUUACUUGUGUCCGCGUGCCAAGCGCGUCAAGCUGAACAUAGAUGCGGAGUAUUUGAUACCCAAAUUGCCAUCGCCACGCGAUCUGCAACCAUUCCCAACUGUGGAGAGUCUCGUCUAUCGCGGCCACACGGAUCUGGUGCGUUCCGUCAGUGUGGAACCGAAGGGCGAGUAUAUCGUAUCCGGCUCCGAUGACAAGACAGUUAAGAUUUGGGAAAUUGCCACAGGUCGUUGCAUACGCACCAUUGAGACGAACGAUGUGGUGCGCUGCGUUGCCUGGUGUCCCAAUGCGAAGCUAUCGAUCAUUGCGGUGGCCACCGGCACUCGCCUGCUCCUCAUCAAUCCCAAGGUGGGUGACAAGCUGCUCGUUAAGAAGACGGAUGAUCUGCUCGCUGAGGCGCCCAGUUCGGAUGUCAUUGAGAGUGAGCGCAUCAAGACCGCUGUCCAAUGGUCGAAUGCGGAGCCCGAAGAGCAGGAGAAGGGUGUGCGUGUGGUCAUCACACACUUCAAGCCCAUACGCCAGGUCACCUGGCAUGGACGUGGCGAUUAUCUGGCCACUGUGAUGCCCGAGGGCGCCAAUCGCUCGGCACUGAUACAUCAGCUGUCCAAGCGACGAUCCCAGAUACCCUUCUCGAAGAGCAAGGGCCUCAUCCAGUGCGUGCUCUUCCAUCCAGUCAAGCCAUGCUUCUUUGUUGCGACCCAGCACAAUAUACGCAUCUAUGAUCUGGUCAAGCAGGAGCUGAUCAAGAAGCUGUUAACCAACUCCAAGUGGAUAUCGGGAAUGUCCAUACAUCCCAAAGGCGACAAUCUGCUCGUGUCUACCUACGACAAAAAGAUGCUGUGGUUCGAUCUGGAUUUGUCCACGAAACCAUACCAAACGAUGCGACUCCAUCGCAAUGCUGUCCGCAGCAUCGCCUUCCAUUUGCGUUAUCCACUCUUUGCCUCUGGCAGCGAUGACCAGGCUGUAAUUGUUUCCCAUGGCAUGGUCUACAAUGAUCUGCUGCAGAAUCCUUUGAUAGUCCCGCUCAAGAAGCUGCAGACGCAUGAGAAACGCGAUGAGUUUGGUGUCCUGGAUGUGAAUUGGCAUCCGGUGCAGCCUUGGAUCUUCUCAACGGGCGCUGAUUGCACCAUUCGACUCUACACGUGAAGCACAUGCAGGAUUGUGCGGCAUACUUAGUUUUAAGUCAUUGUCAAUUUUUCCUAUAUGAAACUUGCGUUAGUAAACAAUUUGUAUCUUAUUGAAUG